AUGGAUUCGUCAAAGAAACUCCCGUUUCCGGACCAGAUUUUAUCUUCGAGAAGAAGAAACAUCUUGACCAGAUUCGGUCUAGGAAUCGCUGCUUCUCUCGCUCUCGUCACACUUCUCUCUCUUACUAACUCCUCCUUCAGUGUCCCCUUUGUCUCUCCUCUGCUUCAAGGUCUCAGAAGCUCAAAUCUAAACAUCCCUUCUUCUGUCAAGCAAGUGGACGAGAAGCCUGAAGUAGUAAAUCUCACAGACCAAGUCCCAGAUGCCGAACAAAGAUCUGGAGAAACUGGAGAUGCUGCUUCGAAGAAUACAAGUUCCCCUGGAGAAGGUAAAGUCUCAGGCUUUGACGAUUCAGGACAAAGAUCUGGAGAAACAGUGAAGAAUUCGAGUUUGGCUGAAGAUUCUAAAGUCUUCGUCGCAAAUGACCAAAACACCCUCGAAACAAAUGCUACAGUAAGUGUGGGCAGUAAUAGCUCAAGCUUGGUCUCUGAUUUGGGAGGUGUACAAUGUGAUCUCUUUGUGUUGGAACCUAAAAGGUUGAAUGGAACUGAUUUUCUGGAGAAGCUAAGAGGGAAGAAGCUGGUUUUCGUUGGGGAUUCGAUAAACCGGAACAUGUGGGAAUCUCUUGUUUGCAUUCUUCGAAAUAGCCUCAAGGACAAGAAACGAGUGUAUGAGAUCUCAGGGAGAAGCGAGUUCAAGAAGAGAGGCUUUUACGCUUUCAGAUUCGAGGACUAUAACUGCACGGUGGAUUUCGUCGGCUCGCCUUUCUUUGUAAGGGAAUCAAGUUUCAAAAACGUGAACGGGACGAGAUUAGAGACUUUAAGGUUGGAUAUGAUGGACAAGACGACUUCCAUGUAUAAAGAUGCUGAUAUACUCAUUUUCAACACUGGUCAUUGGUGGACUCACGACAAAACAAAGCUAGGAGAAAACUAUUACCAAGAAGGUAACGUUGUGUACCCGAGGCUCAAGGUUCUUGAAGCUUAUAAACGAGCUCUCGCCACUUGGGCGAAAUGGGUCGAUAAGAACAUCGACCGUAAUCAAACCCAUGUCGUCUUUAGAGGAUACUCCGUUACACAUUUCAGAGGAGGGCCAUGGAACUCAGGAGGACAAUGCCAUAAUGAAACAGAACCGAUCUAUAACACGAGUUACUUAAAAAAGUAUCCUUCGAAGAUGAGAGCUCUCGAGAACAUUCUCCGUGACACGAUGAAAACUCCGGUGAUAUACAUGAACAUAAGCCGACUAACUGAUUUCAGAAAAGAUGGCCACCCGUCGAUAUACAGGACGGUGUACAGGACGGAGAAGGAGAAAAGAGAGGCCGUGAGCCACCAAGAUUGUAGCCAUUGGUGCUUGCCUGGUGUGCCGGACACAUGGAACCAGCUCUUGUAUGUUUCGCUGUUAAAGGCCGGUCUAGCCUCCAAGUGGUAG